CGCGAGGAACAGGGUUAGUAACAGUGCCUUAUCUUAAAGCAACAACCACGGUUGAGUCAGGUUGGAAGCAGGGAGUUGCAGGACUUGAGGCCUGGAUUUGGCAGCCGGAAAGAAGGGGCAAGCGUGGCAUCCCUCUCCUCCUCUCAUGUCCCCUCCCUGUGUGUCCUUGCAUGUCAGUGCCCCCUUGUCAUCCCCCCCUUGUCUCACCCCUCCAGUCCACUGUGUUCCUCCCCCUCAUGCUUGGGACAGACUGGCCUCACCGUCAGACCAAUGACUGCCUGGAUCAUUCUGCCUGUCAGCCUGGCUGCCUUCUCUAUCACUGGGAUUUGGAUAGUAUAUGCUAUGGCUGUAAUGAACCACCAUGUUUGCCCUGUCGAAAACUGGUCGUACAAUGUGACAUGCACAGAGGAAACAGCCAAGCCGGGCUUCCAGAAAACAUGCUGCACCAUUCAAGACAUCCCCCUCAUCAGUAAAUGUGGAUCUUUCCCUCCCGAGAGCUGCCUGUUCAGUCUCAUUGGCAAUGUGGGAGCUUUUAUGGUGGUGUUGGUGUGUUUGCUGCGGUACGCUCAGAUCAUCGAGCACCGGAACCAUUGCUGGCUCAACACCAGCGGACUUGUGUCUGGAUGUACUAAUGCUGUAGGACUAGUCAUGGUGGGCAACUUCCAGGUGGACCAUGCAAAAACACUUCAUUAUGUAGGUGCAGGUGCGGCCUUCCCAGCAGGCAUUCUGUUCGUGUGUUUGCAAUGUUUGCUGACCUACCGGGUGGCUGUCACCUCUCUGGACUACUGGAUGGCUCACGUUCGUGUAGCACUGGCUACCGGUGCUCUCAUCACACUGGUUCUUAGUGGAAUAUUCUUCAUCCACGAGAGCUUUGUUUUACAACAUGCAGCGGCCAUCUGUGAGUGGGUCUUCACUGUAAUCAUCCUCGUGUUCUACGGGACUUUCACCUACGAGUUCGGCACGGUCACAACCGAGACCAUGUUGGCCGGCCUCCAGCGAAACCUCUCGCACGGGCCUGGUGUCAUGAUCGGAGACGACAUCCAAACAGGCGCCCUGGGAAGCAGCAAGGGUUUGAAAUCUCCAGGAGGAAGCAGCACAUCCACUCAUCUGAACUGCACUCACGAGAACAUCGCAAUGCUUUAAACGUAUCGGAACACGCAGUCACAUACUGGCUGAUGGGAUGCCUCACGACGGUGCUCUCUACAUUAAAGACCACGCUUGGGCCGAGAUUAAAGUGAUACAGAGGAACCGUCCAGUCUGAGUCGAGGCAGGUUAAGAGUUGAUCGGGUUUACAUGUGUGACUGUUGUGGCUUACCAUUUCAAAUUUGAGUUUUGUCAUCCUGUUUUUUGCCUUGCGAGAAGCUUCUGUUGGGUUGUUUGUGGAUGAGAAGGACAGAUUGAUUUUUUCUAAAGAUAUAGACAGAUUUUAGCUCCACUUUAAGGUUUAAGGUUAUUGUAAGCACAGAUCCUAUGGUUUGCCAUGUUACUUUGCUGUCGCUUGAACUGUUCCACUGGGUGAUGGGGUCAAUUUUUACUGUACUUGCACAAAUGUUUCAGGGUUAUUUCUUUUAGAGCUUGCUUCCGUUUGCCCACCCUUACUGUUGUAAAUGGAUGAUUUGCACGUAACACAACAAAUGAACUUGUGGUUUUAAGUUCUUUUCACUUUUAUUUGGGAUUGCAGACUAUCAGGAACCGAGUAUUGUUAUCUUUUUUGAAAUCGUGAAUGUCUAAGGUAUGGACCGAACUAUAGCCAUUUGGAAUUAGUUGAAAAAUACAUUUCAAUUCUAAUCUAAUUUGUUGAAUGAAGUCCUAUUCACCCAUUUUUGUAAUUGUGGCCUUUUUAAUGAUGCAGUGGGCAGGAUAAAUGUUUUGUCGUGCUGGGUCGCUUUUGUCCGCCUUAUUCUCUUAGGAGAUGGGUUUUUGUUUUUCAUUUCGAGCAGGAGUAAGUGAUGUAAGAUGUCACCAGCUCUAACCUUGCCUUCCUGAUUAGUUGAGAAGUUGUAGAAUAAGUAUAUUCGCAUUGACUGUACGGUUUAUAUAUACAGUAUAUAUAUUUUUAAAAUAAUAUUUCUUUAUAUAUUUUUUUCUCUGUCAAUGUCAAGGGUCAUGAAAACCACUCCAAAAAUGCCUCAUCCAUUCAGAGUUUUACAUUGUGGUUUUGCUUACAUAUCUUUGCUGAUUGUUUUGCGUAGUUUUGUGAUCCACACUGACAUAACUAAUCAAACUUUAGUGAAGAGAUAUUUUGUUAUCCGCACAUAAGUUUUUGUUUUUCUCCGUUGCCAAAGGAUUCAUUUUAUUUAGCUAAAUAUGUGUACCAUAUGCCUUUGAUUCAUUUAACUUUCAUUGUUUUUUUUGUUUUGUUUUUUUUUUUUUUGUGUGUAUUAGGACACAUAACCACUGAGAAAAUGGCAGUACUACAAUAUUAUCAUAUUUUGAUUCGAUUAUAUCAAUGACAUUGGCUGGUCUCCAGGCUGGAACCUAGGAAGCCAAGUUUGAACUUUCUGAGGGUUGAGUGGUUAUGGUGGCCUUAACAGUACUGUCGUAUUUGGUUGAUGUUUCCAAUUAGUGUCAGUCAUAUGGUCUGUAUUGUUUUUAAAGUAACUCCAGAUUUAUUGUGCUUUAACGUUUAAAUUUCACACAGAAAUGUGCCAGUUACAGUUUCUGUUUGUUUGCUGCCCUUCAAUGAGACAGACAAGUUUCAUGCCAAUGAUUAGACUGUAAAUUUAGAGGUGGUCUCUAGGCGCCAUACAUGUUUAUCUCUGUUGACUCCAGAGAGCUAUUUGAAAUAUUGUUUCUCGCUCUUCGCAUGCUAAGGUAAGAUUCACAGGGCUGCAAUGUACAACACUGAAACCAUCCAUUAAAUAUAAUUUUGAAAGGUUUUUUUUUAUUGCUUUCUCCUCAAUUUAUUAUUUGGUCGUUACACAAUACAAAACUCAAACCAAAAAGUAAUUUAAACAAAAACAAUAGGGAAUAAAGUCUUGGGGAAUAUAAAGCAUGUUUAAAUGAGCUUAAAAAGUCAAUGUUGAUGUCAUUUCUCAUUUCUUUUUUUUUGACAUAAAUUACAUGCAAUACUUGUCAAUGCAUAUAGUGCGCAUAUUAUAUUAUCUGAAUAAUAGGUUAGUCAUUUAUAGGUCACCUAAGAGCAAAAGGAUGUGUAAGAAUCGUUUCAUUUCUUAGACUUGGUCAAAUACUUUAAAAACACAUGGGAAAAUUGUUGGAUGUUUUCAUUGAAUUUUGUUGCCAAUUUUUGCGAUGUAUCUGUGAUCGUGAGACAAUGUUUGUAAGAGCCUAUAUAUAUAUAUAUAGGAUUGAGGAUCCCACACUUUAAAAACUAAGGACUAUGUGAAUUUCCUCACAUGAAAAUGAUGGAAAUGUGUUUCUGGUUGAUGUUUAUUUCUUGUUUAUUUCUCUAGAUAGAAGUUAUUUUUCUGAUGCCUUUAAACAAUGUAAUCAAAGUAUUUUUUAUCAACACAAUGCAUCUGUGGAGAACGGAACAAAGACUUGAGGAUCACACUCCAAGCGAAAUAAAAAUAAUGCAAAGAUUAUUUUUAUUUUAUAAAUUACUUAUGUAAAUAAGUAAGAUUUAUGUAUCAUUUCAAUGAUUUUCUUUGACAAGAGAUUUAUAUUGAAUAAUUACCAAAAUGUCUGAUGGAAAAUAAACAAGUGUAUCUGUAA